CAAAGCAGUGGUGAAGACUCUGCCAUUUUACUUACCCUUUCCUUUCCUUGAUUUUCUUUUUAUUUUGUAUAAAUUCUCCCAUUUCUUUCGUGUCUUUAUCUCCUUUUUGCUCUCCCUGUUUCAAUUUUGAUUGUCCUUUCCUCUUUCUCACCCUUAGCUUAUCUGGGUCGGGGGUUAUGAUAUCACUCUUUCAAGAGUCUUGAGGGGGAAGUUAAGGGUCGUAGAGAGCUUUGGCAUUAGGAAAGAAGGUUGCUUAUUAUUAUUAUUAUUGUUAUCAUUUCUUUGAUGAUGUAAUGGUAUUAGUGGUGGAGGAGAAUGGAGUUGCCCUUUAGACCAGAGAAAGAGAUCAGAUAAAAGCAAAAGAAUGGUGAAGAAAAGAUGUCCCCUUUGAUUGGUAUUGUGCCUUCUGUUUUGUCAAAAAGAAGGGAGAUAAAAACAAAACUCCUUCCUUCUUCGAUGGUCUUGCUCUCUUUCCUCUCUUUAAUUUUUUCCCAUCUUUUCCGCACGCUUCUCGUUUACUAGGUGUGAUACGUCUUCUUCAAGGCUAGUUUCCCUGUAAAAACAUAUUUUGUUAAUUUCUUUUCUGUUGUAGUCUAGCAUUUACCAAAGGGUAUUAAAAAAUGCCGAUGUAUCAACCAUCUACUAGAAGAGAAGCCGACAUGAAGCUUGACAGCCAAGUCCUAGAUCUAGAAACGGCUGUGAAAGAUGGCAUUUUGGGAGGCGGUUGCGGGGUAAUACCCACUGAUUUUUCCUCGGAGAAAUUGGAUCUGAAGUUAAUGAUUGAAGAGCUUGAGUUUGUAGAUGUGCCGACGGUCUUCAUAUGUCCAAUUUCUUUGGAGCCAAUGCAAGAUCCGGUGACCCUUUGCACUGGCCAAACCUAUGAGAGAUCCAACAUUCUUAAAUGGUUCUCCUUAGGCCGUUACACUUGUCCCACCACGAUGCAAGAGCUCUGGGAUGACUCGGUGACUCCAAACAAGACGCUUCAGCAGCUAAUUUUUAGUUGGUUUUCUCAGAAGUAUUUGGCUAUGAAGAAGAGGUCAGAGGAUGUCCAAGGAAGGGUCAAAGAGAUUUUGGAAAAUUUGAAGAAAGUUAAGGGCCAAGCUAGAGUUCAAGCGCUUAAGGAGCUUAGGCAAGUGGUUCAAGCUCAUGGGAUAGCUAAGAAGACUGUUGUGGAAAAUGGAGGCGUUGGUUUGAUUUCAUCUUUGCUCGGUCCUUAUACAACUCAUGCUGUUGGGUCAGAGGUAAUUGGAGUUCUAGUGAACUUGAAUCUCAUUUCCAAUAUCAAGUCUGAUUUGCUGCAGCCUGCUAAAAUGUCUUUAAUGGUGGAUAUUUUAAAUGAAGGGUCGUUUGAGACCAAGUUAAACUGUACGAGGUUGAUUACGAUGUUAAUGGAGGGUAAUGAUUUUGUAUCGGAAAAUGUUGCAAGUUUGAGUCUUCUAGUUGGGUUACUGAGAUUAGCGAAAGAUAAGAAGCACCAAAAUGGGGUAUUGGCUGGAUUGAGUUUGCUCAAAGUACUUUGUUCUCAUGAGCAGGUUAGGAACUCUUUUGUCAAUGUUGGGGCAGUCCCUCAAUUGGUUGAGCUGAUGCCUGGGUUGAAUAAUGAAUGUUUGGAAUUAGUCCUUUAUUUAUUGGAGCUCUUGUCAAACAUACCCGAAGGCAGAUUGGCUUUGAAAGAUUGUCCACUUACCAUACCAAAUGUGGUGAAACUAUUGAUGAAAGCUUCGGAAAACUGUACGCAGCUUGCAUUGUCAAUACUGUAUGUCAUUUGCAAGUUUGCACCGGAGGAAUGUGCUUCACUUGCUCUGGAUGCAGGCCUGGCUGCCAAGCUACUUCUAGUUAUACAGAGUGGUUGCAAUCCCGUUUUGAAGCAACGGUCAGCCGAGUUGUUGAAAUUGUGUAGCCUAAAUUACACGACUACCAUCUUUAUUUCCAAGUGUAACCUCACAAGAACUUCCUGUUUUCUAGAGCUAUGAAAGGAGAGGGGUCUCUAAGGUACCCUUUGCUCUCUCAUAUGUACACUAAAAAAUUUCCGUCAUAUUAUUGUUUCACGUCAAGCACCAGCAUAAUGUGGAUUAGAGAAUUGAAGUUGGCAUUGUUUACCAAUCAACUUUCUGUAUGCUCAAGUUUCAACCUAUAUUGUCCAAUAAUUCCCAGCGAGGUUUUGAUUCAAAUUUGCUUGUCU